CUGUGCCACGAUUUGAAUGUGAGUUUGGAAGGAUGAUACCUAUGCAUUUUGUUUGUGAUGGUUAUCCACAAUGUCCCGAUGGGUCUGAUGAACUGAAUUGUGAAGAAUUCGUAUUUGAGUGCUCAAAUGGAGAUAUUGUUCAACCGUUAUAUGUAUGCAAUGGCCGUGAAGAAUGUUCAGAUGGUAGUGACGAAUCUGGGUGUGAACCUAAAGUUGAGUGUCAUAGGUGUACCGAUGGUAGUUGUUAUGAUGAAUGGAGCCGAUGUAAUGGAUAUAACGACUGUGGUGAUUGGUCUGAUGAAGACGGUUGUGAUUUAAAAGAAUGCAAAAAUGGUAUCUUAGUACCAGAGAAGGAAAUAUGCAAUGGUUACGACGGCUGUGGUGAUAAUUCAGAUGAAGAGAAUUGUUCCUCCAUUUCUGGUGCUUAUUUUACUGAAUGUCUCAGAGACUUUAUGUAUCAGUGCGAUGAUGGAGAUUGUAUUACUAUCAACCAAGUUUGUGAUGGAUAUCCUGACUGUGCCAAUGGAGAAGACGAAGUUAAUUGUCCUGAUUGCCGUCCUCCUAUGGAACAGUGUAAAAACAGUAGUCAAUGUUUUGGUCCAUGGGAUCGAUGUAAUGGCUGGCCUAUUUGUGACGAAUAUACUGAUGAACUCAAUUGUGAAUGCACAGAUGAUCAAUUUCAAUGUACAAACGGAAGAUGUAUUGACGAAAGUCAUUCAGUGUGUAACCACUAUGAUGACUGUGGCGAUAACAGCGACGAAGAACACUGUGAAAUAAUAUGCGAUUACUACGAGUUCACGUGUGGAGAUGGCAGUUGUGUCGGCCAUUGGCUGCGAUGUAAUGGCGCUGAAGACUGUAGUGAUGGAUCUGAUGAAAGUACAGAAUUAUGUGCUGAUUUUCAGUGUGACGACGGAAGUUUGGUUGCUUUCGAUGCAGAGUGUAAUAAUUGGAUUAAUUGUGAAGACCAUUCGGAUGAGAAGAAUUGUGUGUACUAUGUAUGUGAUGAUGGACAGGUUGUAGCUCAAGGAAACUUUUCUUGUGAUGGAUAUGCAGAUUGUGAUGACCAAAGUGAUGAACAAUAUUGUCCAUGUGAUGAAACCGCUGAUAGAUUUCGAUGUGAUAAUGGUGUGUGUAAGUGGUAUCAUGAUCGGUGUGACGGAUAUGACUCUUGUGGCGACAAUUCUGACGAGCAGGAUUGUGUAACUCACGUUUGUGACAAUGGUGAAAAAAUAACGCGACUACCAGAUCAUCCCUCUCCUGUCUGCGACAUGAGUUUUGAUUGCUCCGAUAAAAGCGACGAGAAGGGCUGUGAAUGUCGUGCGUUUACCAUGCGGUGUUUAGAUACAGAAUAUUGUGUUCCAAAACACUAUCUCUGUGACGGCAACGACGACUGUGGAGACGGUUCAGACGAAAAAAAUUGUGUUUGCAGAGAAGACCAGUUCCGUUGUAAUAAUGGAAUGUGUAAACCGUUGUCAUGGAAAUGCGAUGGUUAUGAAGACUGUGGGGACAAUUCUGAUGAACAAUCAUGUGACGAAAAUUAA